AUGCUCUGUGACAGGUGCCCCUGUUUUGUAGGAGCUAAGAAUAGGGCACAGAGUCACAUGAAAAGUCUGGGUAAAACCCCAUCCCCCACCUCUAACUACACCCCGAAAAAGGAAAGUGCCCCUCUCUGGGAAUUGGGAAUGUUGGCAGGGGCCGGACUGAAGUUUGACGAAGCUUUAUUAACAAUGUCCAACCAUCUUCCCGAAGCCUUAUCCGUGCUGUACGUCUCCGAUUACUGCUAUCAGUGCCCCCCACAGUUACUCCUGACCGUGUCGCCCGCGUCGGGCGUGCAGCCGGCCAAUGGCAGCGUCGUCCUCAGCACCAGAUUCACCCUGAGCCUCCAGGUGGUCGUCGGGACGGGGGGCGCAGAUCCCGUCUGCAGCUGGAGUGAAUUAUAUGAAGAGCGAGGACACUACGUGACGUCCGUCCGCUCGGCGUCACCGGGGCGAGAGAACAACACGGGGAGCGUGACGUGCGCGAGAGGCAUGACCAAACCCCCCGCAAACUGCUACCUGCCUUUGUUGGUGGCCUUCGGGGUUCUACUGGGGAUCGGCGGAGCGUUCCUCCUCUUCACCUACGUGUCAAGGCUGGACUGCACCCGGAGCUCCCGGCAGAACUGCCCCGGCCUGUGCAGAGACAGUUCUUCUCCGGCCCGGGAUGGUGGGACGGACUCUGAUGUUCCCCGGUCUCCGCGUCUGCUCUCCCUGGACACGUUCAGAGGGUUUUCCUUGACUUUGAUGGUUUUCGUCAACUACGGAGGUGGUGGCUAUUGGUUCUUCCAACACGCUCCAUGGAACGGAUUAACAGUGGCGGAUUUGGUUAUGCCUUGGUUUGUCUUCAUCAUCGGGACAUCGAUAGCACUGGCUUUCAACUCUUUGUUAAAGAAAGGGGUCAAGCGUGUCCAGCUCUUGCGCAAGAUGGUCUGGAGAACCUGUGUUCUCAUGGCCAUUGGUGUCUUCUUCUUAAAUUAUGGACCAGCUGAUGGACCAUUGUCCUGGCGUUGGGCUCGGAUACCAGGCGUCCUCCAGAGACUGGGCUUCACCUACCUCGUGGUGGCGCUCAUGCACGCGCACUUCAGUCUGCCGAACCUAGACGGGGGGGAGAGCCGUCGAUGGGCCGCUGGGAUCUGGGAUAUUGCCGAGUACUGGCCCGAGUGGAUUAUUAUGGCGGCUCUGGAGACGCUCUCGCUCUGCCUGACGUUCUUUCUGCCUGUCCCCGGGUGCCCCACGGGUUACCUCGGACCCGGAGGGAUCGGAAAUUAUGGCAAAUAUGAAAACUGCACCGGCGGGGCAGCUGGGUACAUUGACAAGUGGCUGCUUGGGGCAAACCAUAUCUAUCAUUACCCAACGUGUAAGGAGCUGUAUAAAACCACCCAGCCUUUCGACCCAGAGGGUAUCCUUGGGACAAUCAACUCGGUGGUCAUGGCUUUCUUGGGGUUGCAGGCCGGGAAGAUCAUCCUGAUUUACCGUAAAUAUCCGCUCCGCGUAUUAAAGAGAUUCCUGAUCUGGGCCGUCAUGCUGGGGAUUAUCUCGGCCAUCUUAACAAAGUUCACAAGGGACGAAGGAUUUAUUCCCGUCAAUAAAAACCUUUGGUCCCUCUCCUUCGUCACCACCCUCGGCUGCUUCUCCUUCCUUCUGCUCGGUCUAAUGUUCUACGUGAUUGAUGUGAGACGCUGGUGGAACGGCCGACCGUUCAUCUAUCCAGGAAUGAACUCAAUCCUCGUCUACGUUGGACACUCCUUGCUGGGCACUUACUUCCCGUUCGAGUGGGAGAUCAAGGACCGGGCGUCUCACUACGAGGUCCUCGCUCAAGAUCUUCUGGGCGCCUCCAUUUGGGUCUUCGUGUCCUACCUCCUCUACAGGAAGAAGUUCUUCCUAAAGAUCUGAAGGACCUGA